AUGGUCACUCACAACUGGGGCAACAGCUUCAACGAUCUACUGGCAGCAGUCAUCUCGGAUGCUCUGCAGGAAUGCAGUUUCAAGCUGGCAGCACGGCUGCUGGAGGAAGACUGCACCUUCCUUGGCGAGAUCCUGGGAAAGGCCGGUCACUUAUGUGGAACAUACUGGAUUUGUGCUUUUGCGGUGAACCAGCAUGUCAGCAUUUGCCACAGCAAUCCUUUUGACCGGGAUCCUUUAACGGAUCAGCUGCACCCAGUGUGCUCUUGCAGCUGCGUGAACAUCUCCGAUCCCGAUGGGCAAAGUACUUUGUCAGAAAUUAACAAGUUCGACGACAUGAUGUAUCAUCUGGCAGCAACCGGAGGCUGCAGGCAAGUGAUUGCGGUCGACCAAUCUCUUGACUUGUUUCAUCGCGCUUGGUGUGUGGCUGAGAUAGCUGAAGCCAGGCGCCUGCAAAUGUCUCAGUCGUUAAAGCUCGUAUCCAAACUGGCCAUCCAACAGCGCGCUCGGAAGUUGGAGGACCUGGAUGUUCGGAGUAUGCAAGCGUCCUCUGACAGGGACAAAGAGCUCAUUCUUGCCAGGAUUGGGAAUGUUGAUGAGUUCAACACCGAGCUGCAGUCAUUGAUUUUUGACCCAAAGUCAGGCCUCCUUGCGUCCUGGAAGGCCAUGGAUAGUCUGCAGCAGAUGGGAGAAGUGGGUCGGCUCAUUCGAUGGGGCCUUGCUGAUGCUGGCAGCGGAAAGGUCUGGAAGGCGUGGGAUUGUCAUGAUGUUUAG